AGGGCUCCGCGCUCCGCACCCGCCCGCGGCAGCCGCGCGACCCCGCGCCCCCCGCGCUCGCCCACCGGCCGGAGGACCGAGGACCCGGGCCGGCACCCGGGGGCCCGCGAGGGCGACCGCGCUGCCCGUGUGCCGCGGCCGGGCGCCCCCGGAGCGGCGGAUGCGCGCGGACGGCCCCUGACGCCGGGCGCGAGAGCUGGAGAGACCGCGCGGAGUCCGGAGUGACGGGAUCGGGAGUAUGGACAGACACCAGUGCUCGGCGUCCAGCCCUGCCCUGCGGCGGUGGCUGCUGCUGGGGGCUGUGACCGUGGGGCUCCUGGCCCAGAGCGUCCUGGCGGGCGUGAAGAAGUUUGACGUGCCGUGUGGAGGGAGAGACUGCAGCGGGGGCUGCCAGUGCUACCCCGAGAAGGGAGGACGGGGCCAGCCCGGGCCAGUGGGCCCCCAGGGGUACACCGGGCCCCCAGGCCUGCAGGGGUUCCCAGGACUGCAGGGCCGCAAAGGUGACAAGGGCGAGCGGGGGUCACCCGGGAUCACAGGACCGAAAGGAGAUGUGGGAGCGAGAGGCGUUUCUGGAUUCCCUGGAGCCGAUGGAAUUCCCGGACACCCCGGCCAAGGCGGCCCCCGAGGGCCACCCGGCUAUGACGGCUGCAACGGGACCAGAGGAGACGUGGGCCAGCAGGGACCCGCCGGCUCCCCGGGCUUCCACGGCCCUCCCGGGCCCCAAGGACCCAAAGGACAGAAAGGCGAGCCCUAUGCCCUGUCCAGCGUGGAGCGCGACAGAUACAGGGGGGAACCCGGAGAGCCUGGCUUGGUUGGCUUCCAGGGCCCCCCCGGCCGGCCUGGGCCUAUAGGACAGAUGGGUCCAGUUGGAGCUCCAGGAAGACCGGGCCCGCCUGGACCCCCUGGACCAAAAGGACAGCCAGGCAACAGAGGACUUGGCUUUUAUGGAGAAAAGGGUGAAAAGGGCGACAUCGGCGUGCCGGGCCCCAACGGGAUUGUGUGGGAUUUCCACCCGGCCGUCGGACCCACGAAGGAGUCGUUCCACCCGGAACAGUAUAAGGGUGAAAAGGGGAGCGCUGGGGAGCCGGGAGUAAAAGGCGUCUCCAUGAAGGGAGAAGAAGGAGUCAUGGGCUUCUCAGGCCCGCGGGGCACGGCCGGCUUCGACGGCGAGAAAGGUUUCCCGGGACAGAAGGGGAGCAGAGGACCGGCCGGUUAUCAAGGCCCCAGCGGACCCCCAGGACCCAAGGGAGAAGCGGGCGACCGCGGCCCCCCCGGCCCCCCGGCCUACUUCCCUCACCCCUCCCUCACUAAAGGUGCCCGAGGUGACCCAGGAUUCCCAGGGACCCAUGGGGAACCAGGAAGCCGGGGCGAACCAGGAGACCCGGGCCCCCCGGGCCUCCCCGGCACAUCAGUCACAGAUGAAGAUGGGAAGAGAGGAUUACCAGGUGAAAUGGGUCCCAAAGGCUUCAUAGGAGACCCCGGCGUCCCCGCGCUGUACCCCGGCCCUCCGGGCACUGAUGGAAGGCCAGGACUCCAGGGACCCCCAGGGCCUGCCGGACCGCCAGGACCAGAUGGUUUCCUUUUCGGCCUUAAAGGAACAGAAGGGAAGGUGGGCUACCCUGGGCCUUCUGGCUUCCCUGGGGCUCGCGGACAGAAAGGAUGGAAAGGGGACGCCGGGGACUGUAAGUGCGCGGAGGGCGAUCAGUUCGUGAAGGGGCUCCCGGGGUUCCCAGGACCCAAGGGCCUACCCGGCAUCAAUGGAGAGCCAGGAAGGAAAGGGAGCCAAGGAGACCCUGGCCAGCACGGCAUCCCCGGGUUCCCCGGGUUCAAGGGCGCACCUGGCCACGUAGGACCUCCCGGGCCCAAAGGGCUGAAGGGCGACUCCCGAGCAGUCACCACCAAAGGUGAGCGGGGACAUCCGGGGGUCCCAGGCGUGCCGGGGCUGAAAGGGGACGACGGGGUCCCCGGGCGCGACGGGCUGGACGGAUUCCCAGGCCUCCCAGGCCCUCCGGGUGAUGGCAUCAAAGGCCCCCCAGGAGACUCAGGUUACCCAGGAGCACCGGGCACGAAGGGCGCUGCAGGAGACAGGGGCCCCCAAGGACUGGGCCUCCCCGGCCCCAAAGGCGAGCGUGGUUUCCCCGGAGACGCCGGACUACCCGGACCACCAGGCUUUCCCGGUCCCCCUGGCCCCCCCGGUCCCCCUGGACAAAUAGACUGUGACACAGGUGUGAAAAGGCCCAUCGGAGGCGACGGACAGGAGACGGUGCAGCCAGGUUGCGUCGGAGGCCCCAAGGGGUCGCCAGGCCUGCCGGGACCCCCAGGCCCCACAGGGGCCAAGGGCCUCCAAGGGACACCAGGACUCUCGGGAGCAGACGGAGCACCAGGGCUCAAGGGUCUCCCCGGAGACCCGGGCCGUGAAGGAUUCCCAGGACCCCCAGGGUUCGUGGGGCCCCGAGGAUCCAAAGGUACAGCGGGCCUUCCUGGUGCGGACGGUCUCCCGGGUCCCUCCGGUCUGCCGGGCCCCAUCGGGCCCCCAGGGGACAGGGGCCUGCCCGGAGAAGUUCUGGGAGCCCAACCUGGGCCCCGAGGAGAUGCUGGGGUGCCUGGACAGCCUGGCCUGAGAGGCCCUCCGGGAGAGAGGGGCCCACCUGGAUUCAGGGGAAGCCAGGGAAUGCCGGGAAUGCCAGGCCUGAAGGGCCAGCCAGGCUUCCCAGGACCGUCGGGCCAGCCAGGCCUGCCCGGGCCGCCAGGACAGCACGGCUUCCCAGGAGCUCCAGGCCGGGAGGGGCCCUUGGGGCAGCCAGGCACCCCUGGUCACGGAGGUUUGCCUGGAGACAGAGGGGACCCAGGGGACACAGGUGUCCCUGGCCCCGUGGGCAUGAAGGGUCUCUCCGGCGAUAGAGGUGACCCUGGUUUGCUGGGGGAGAGAGGCCCCCGAGGAAGUCCUGGGUUCAAAGGAAUGAGCGGAAUGCCUGGUGUCCCCGGACAGAAAGGCGGGAGAGGUUCGCCCGGGAUGGACGGUUUCCAAGGCAUGGUCGGGCUCAAAGGAAGACCCGGGCUUCCGGGACACAAAGGAGAGGCCGGAUUUUAUGGAAUUCCGGGACUGAAGGGCCUGGCAGGGGAGCCGGGUGUGAAAGGCAGCCGUGGAGACCCCGGACCCCCAGGGCCACCUCCCAUCAUCCAGCCAGGAAUGAAGGACAUCAAAGGGGAGAAAGGCGAUGAGGGGCCCAUGGGGCUGAAAGGGUACCUGGGCCUGAAAGGUGUUCCCGGAAUGCCGGGCGUCCCCGGGCUGUCAGGCAUCCCCGGGUUGCCAGGGAAGCCGGGCCACAUCAAAGGAGUCAAAGGAGACACUGGCGUCCCUGGAGUGCCGGGUUUACCAGGAUUCCCCGGCGUGCCCGGCCCCCCCGGCAUCAUCGGUUUUCCCGGGUUCACAGGAAGUCGGGGCGACAAGGGAGCUCCGGGGAGAGCGGGCCUGUAUGGCGAGGUCGGCCCCACCGGUGACUUCGGUGACAUCGGAGACACCAUCAAUCUGCCAGGAAGGCCUGGGCUGAAGGGGGAGCAGGGCGUGGCCGGAGCCCCAGGGCUGAAGGGCUUCUUCGGGGAGAAAGGAACAGUGGGCGAAGUCGGCUUUCCCGGGAUAACAGGCAUGCCCGGCGUCCAAGGCCCUCCCGGAGCCAAAGGGCAAACAGGCUUUCCAGGACUGACAGGCCUGCAGGGGCCCCAGGGAGAGCCAGGGCGGGCAGGACGGCCCGGCGACAAAGGAGACUUCGGCUGGCCGGGGGUUCCAGGCUCCCCAGGUUUUCCUGGCAUCCAAGGCGUCAGCGGCUUGCACGGCCUGCCAGGCACCAAAGGCUUCCCAGGAUCCCCAGGUGCGGACACCCACGGCGACCCCGGCUUCCCUGGUCCUGCCGGGGACAGGGGUGACCCAGGAGAGCCCAACACCCGCCCAGGCCCUUUCGGAGCCCCAGGACAGAAAGGGGAGCGAGGAGACCCAGGGGAACGAGGCCCCAUCGGGAGCCCCGGACGUCAGGGGUUCCCAGGCGUCACCCCACCGUCCAACGUGUCUGGCUUACCUGGUGACAAAGGGGCGCCGGGCAUAUUUGGCCUGGAAGGUUACCGAGGGCCCCCCGGGCCGCCUGGGCCUGCUGCUCUUCCUGGAAGCAAAGGAGACGAGGGGAACCCAGGAGCUCCGGGAAACCCCGGGACCAAAGGAUGGGGCGGCGACCCCGGGCCCCAGGGCCGGCCUGGCGUGUUCGGUCUCCCGGGAGAGAAAGGGCCCAGAGGGGACCCAGGAUUCAUGGGAAACACAGGAGCCACCGGGAGUGUAGGCGACCGAGGCCCUAAGGGACCCAAGGGAGACCGAGGACUCCCAGGUGCCCCCGGUUCCGUGGGAGCCCCUGGGAUUGCAGGAAUUCCCCAGAGGAUUGCCAUCCAGCCGGGGCCAGUGGGUCCACAGGGAAGGAGAGGCCCCCCGGGGGCGCAGGGCGAGAUGGGGCCCCAGGGCCCCCCAGGAGAACCAGGUUUCCGCGGGGCUCCCGGGAAGGCAGGGCCCCAGGGGAGAGGCGGUGUGUCUGCUGUGCCCGGAUUCCGAGGAGACCAGGGGCCCAUGGGACAGCAGGGGCCGGUGGGCCAGGAAGGGGAGCCGGGCCGCCCAGGGACCCCCGGCCUGCCAGGCAUGCCGGGCCGCAGCGUCAGCAUCGGGUACCUGCUGGUGAAGCACAGCCAGACGGACCGCGAGCCCAUGUGCCCCGUGGGCAUGAACAAGCUGUGGGGCGGGUACAGCCUGCUGUACUUCGAGGGCCAGGAGAAAGCCCACAACCAGGACCUGGGGCUGGCAGGCUCCUGCCUGGCGCGGUUCAGCACCAUGCCCUUCCUGUAUUGCAACCCGGGUGACGUGUGCUACUACGCCAGCCGGAAUGACAAGUCCUACUGGCUGUCCACCACCGCCCCGCUGCCCAUGAUGCCCGUGGCUGAGGAUGACAUCAAGCCCUACAUCAGCCGCUGCUCCGUGUGUGAGGCCCCAGCUGUCGCCAUAGCAGUGCACAGCCAAGACGUCUCCAUCCCCCACUGCCCAGCUGGAUGGCGGAGUCUGUGGAUUGGAUACUCCUUCCUCAUGCACACGGCCGCGGGCGACGAGGGCGGUGGCCAGUCGCUGGUGUCGCCGGGCAGCUGCCUGGAGGACUUCCGCGCCACGCCCUUCAUUGAGUGCAACGGGGGCCGCGGGACCUGCCACUACUACGCCAACAAGUACAGCUUCUGGCUCACCACCAUCCCCGAGCCCAGCUUCCAGGGCGCGCCGUCCGCCGACACCCUCAAGGCCGGGCUCAUCCGCACCCACAUCAGCCGCUGCCAGGUGUGCAUGAAGAACCUGUGAGGGCCGCGGCCCGCCGGGGGCCACGCUCCGCCGGGGGCCGCUCCGGUGCUUCCUCUUAACCUGUUACCUCAGAGGGCGCCCCCCAGACGCAGCUCCGUCUCGCCUCCGAAAGCCCGGUGGAAAGGCUACCAAAGGAAUUCCGCACCCGCGCUUAUGCCAAACAGCCCCUUGCCGUGCAUGGGUGCCGGUCCCCUCCCCACCGCGGGCGCUGUCCCACCCCCCGCAGCCCUGUCCGGCCGCACUAGACUCUCCGCUAAGGUCUCCCUCCGCACCCGUGCCGCCACGGCUUCCGAGCACCGCCCCAGCCGCAGACGGAGCUCCCAGCGGGCUGGUGUGGACAAAGGAAGCCUGAGCUCACCGCCGGGUCCCCAGGGCGGGGUCUCCGGUCCCUGCGCCCGCAGCUCUGUUUCCUCCCGGAGACCACUGAUGUGGCUUUGAAUCCCCUCAGGAAAGCCAGGUGUGCCUUUUCUUUUGGAAGACUUAGCGGGUCCUGCGGGGGCUCCCGUCCCGCGCAUCCUUGCAGACCCCCCGGUUUGGGGGCCCCGAGCAGCAUCUGCUGUGCACCCUGCCCCCGGGCGGCGCACUCGGGAACCCACCGCCCCAGGUGUCCCCGGGGACUGACCCUCUGUCCUGGGUGACUUGUACGCCUCUGACUCCUCUAACCUCUAUAACGACCACAGAAUAAAAGUUGGUUUUGAGCUUUUUA